AUGGACAACUCGCUUAGCUCUGUCCACACUCUUAUUCAGAUUCAGUGUGGUGACCAUAAGGGCCUCCUAUAUGAUAUCAUGAGGACAGUCAAAGACUGCAACAUUCAGAUUUCGUAUGGCCGAUUCUAUGCGAGCCAAAAUGGAAGGUGCGAGAUUGAUUUAUUCGCGGUGCAAUCAGAUGGGAAGAAGAUCCUUGAUCAACACAGGCAGAGAGCACUGUGCUGUCACCUAAGGAUGGAGGUCCUCCGACCACUGCGUGUGGCAUUGGUGAACCGAGGUCCUGACACAGAGCUGCUGGUAGCAAACCCGGUUAAGGUUUCUGGAAAGGGUAGACCGCUGGUGUUUUAUGACAUCACCCUUGCUCUCAAGAAUCUUCAGAAACGAAUCUUCUUGGCUGAGAUUGGGAGGCACGUUGUGGAAGAUAGGGAGUGGGAAGUCUACAGAUUACACUUUGGUGAGGAGCAUGAGCUCUCGUCUGCACUGCGGAGCAGGAUUAUGGAUGCAGUCACCAACAUGCUGAUGGGGUGGGACUCAUGA